UGCCACCAGUAGCAGCCUGUUCAUAACAAACACAAAGUGUUUUUAGACUUUGGAGCAACGUUGCUUACUAUUUUAUUCUACCUCAAUUGUUUAAAACUAAUAUCUAGCUUGUAGCUGUGAACAUGUGCAGAAAAAUCCUUAACAUUUUACUGCCAUACAGAUGUGUGGUACGCAGCAGGCAGUUCAUUUGGCUUUGAUGUUAAUGAACACAACAGGGUGAAUUUGAUAAAAUCAACAUCAAUUGGAACAACGUGCCAGAACAAGGAUGUAAGAAUGGUUUCAAAAGUGACCUAACGUGAAGACUUCAAGCAUCACCGUCGGAAACAACAAAUAGAAAGCAUUUAUGGAGUUUCAAAAUGACAUUUUCUAACCUGCUGAACGAAAGCAAUGAUGAAUUCACUUCGGACGAGGCGCUUAACUUGUCUUUAUCCAACAUCAGCAACACCUGUGUGGGCAUCACCCUGGACGCGCAAGUCAUCGGUGUUGGAAUCUUCCUGGCCGCUUUCAUUAUAGCGGCGAUCGUUGGAAACAUUUUGGUGAUCCUUUCGGUGCUGUGCAACAAACAUUUGCAGACGGUCACAAACUUCUUCAUCGUGAACCUGGCCAUAGCGGACCUGCUGCUGAGCAUCAUAGUUCUGCCUUUCUCCGCGUCUCUGGAGGUUUUGGGAUGCUGGGUGUUCGGGCGCAUCUUUUGCAACAUCUGGGCAGCGGUGGAUGUCCUCUGCUGCACGGCGUCUAUAUUAAGUUUGUGCAUUAUAUCCAUAGACAGGUACAUUGGGGUGAAAUAUUGCCUAAAAUACCCCACCAUCAUGACCGAACGGAAAGCUGGUGUCAUACUGGUGCUGCUCUGGGUUUCUUCGAUGGUUAUUUCAAUCGGACCCUUGUUGGGCUGGAAGGAGCCUCCACCUUUGGACGACAGCAUCUGCAGCAUCACGGAGGAACCGGGUUACGCGCUCUUCUCCUCGUUAUUCUCCUUCUACCUUCCGCUCAUGGUGAUUUUAGUUAUGUACAUUAGGGUGUAUAUCGUGGCCCGCAGGACUACUAAAAGUUUGGAAGCGGGUGUAAAACGCGAGAGGGACAAAUCAGUGGAGGUGGUGCUGCGGAUACAUUGCCGGAGCGCGCCGGAGGACGCGAGCACCAGCUCGAAAAGCAAAAGCCAUCCGUUCAGAAGUUCACUGUCUGUCAGACUCAUGAAGUUCUCCAGGGAGAAGAAGGCUGCUAAAACCCUCGCCAUCGUCGUGGGGAUGUUCAUUCUUUGUUGGCUACCUUUUUUCUUCGUUUUGCCUUUGGGCUCCUUCUUCCCAGCUCUGAAGCCCUCAAAGAUGGUGUUCAAAGUAAUCUUUUGGCUGGGGUACUUCAACAGCUGCAUUAACCCAGUAAUUUACCCCUGCUCCAGCAAGGAGUUCCAGCGCGCCUUUACGCGGCUACUGCGCUGUCAGUGCCAGCGUCGCCAUCGGAUCCUGCGCCGUUUCUACGACCAACGCUGGAGGACGGCCAUGAGAGGAGACCCCCACCGGGACUUUUGCUCUGGAUUUCCCUUCCACGAGCAAUGCGAAAACUCUAUCUAUUCCUGCCAGACCAAGAGCCGGCCUCUUAGCCUGAAAGGCUGGAGCUUCUUUCCACCGUUACAGAAGUCCUCCUUCCAGCUGAAGGAGAAAAUGAACAACCUUUCCAAUAAGAUCAAGAACGGGACGGGGAAGAGCGGCACGCCCGCUUUGAGCCGUACGGAGAUCGACACGGUCUCGAUGGGGAUCUAUACCGACUGCGCCGAACAGAGCGGCUACCAAAUUUAUGACCUCACGGAGUGCUACGGCCUGAAGGAAACAGACAUCUAAACAAAGAGAGAGAUCGCUGUAUGUGUUCUCCUAGACAUUGACAUGCAUUGAAAUAUUUAGGAUAUGAUUAAUUUUUUAACAUAUCAUUUUUGCUCACAAAUGUACAUUCUAAGCAAAUCUGAGCUGAAAUGACAAUGUGUUCAUGGAGAUAAAUGUAUUUCACGUGGAUAAUUUAAGAAUGUUACUUUCUGGGUGUAAAAAGUACACUGAAUGCCAAAAUAAGGAAAAAACGUAACUGCACUGGACCAGAUGUGCCAUCUUAUGGCAAAGAAAAUAGACUCAUGAUUGUCGGGUUUGUGUAAACUGUGUUGUCCGAAUGUCAUGAUAACCAGCAAGGCAACAUUUAAGUUAAAUGUUUGAACUGUUUUUGCAAAGAAUCGUGUGUUGACCGUUAAGUAGGAACGGAAACGCAUUUAACUGUGACGUACUCUAUACAGACUGUUGAAUCCAUCACACUAAUUACUAUUGACAAAAUGAUUCACUGUGAUUUACAUAGUGAAACUCACUUUUAAAUGAUUCAGAUGAUUUAUAAUUGAUUUGGGGAUACAUAACUUAAAUGUGAGGCACAAUUUGUAAUAGAUGUUUUAAAGGGUGGUUAAAGGAUUACUAUCAUUACUACUUUCAUAAAAAAUCCCAAUAAUUUACUCACCCCCAUGUCAUUCAAUUCUUUCUUUAGUAAAAAAAUGUUUUUGAGGAAACCAUUUCAAGAUUUUUUCCAUAUAGGGGACUUUAGUGGUCCUCAAUGGUUUACAGUUUCAAUGCAGUUUAAAAUUGAAGUUUCAAUCGUCAGAAACGAUCGUCAUUUUUGCCAAAACAAUAUAAAAAUAUGGACUUUUUAACCGCACCUUCUCGUCUUGCACUAGCUGUGUGACAUGCCAGCAUGACCUUACGUAUUACUUAAUCAAGUCGAAAGGUCACGCAUUACAUAUGUGAAACGCACACUUGUGGACCAUUUUCAACAAUAAACUGACACAAAGACAUAAAUUAGUAUCAUUUCACAUACAACAUACCAGAGCCGAUCCUCCCUAUACGCAGGGUACGCAAGCUGCACUGAGCCCAGAACCACUAGGGGGCCCCCUUGCUCUUAACUUCAUGCAGCGCUGCACAGACCAAUUGACCUGUAAUCAUUUUAAAACAAAGCACAUUACGUCUAAAGUUUGCAUAUUGCGAGAAUUAUUGAUGUGUUUUGGUAUGUUUACCACUGGAUUAAACUAUAGUAGUCAACAUUUGAAGUGGAUCAAAAACAUUCAUCAAACUUGUCCUAAGACAAGAACGGGUACUGGGUAUUGGUUUUAAGACAACUUUUAGGAAAGGUUUUGAUCCACUUCAAAUGUUGACUAGUGUAUAUUGAUCAUGCCUUAGGAAUGGUCCUCUUUCUCCACACUUGUAAACACUGGAGCAGGAUUGACCUUUCGAAGUGAUUACAUAAUGCGUAAGGUCACACUGGCGCAUCACUCAACUAGUGCAAGAGAGAAAGUGUGGUUAAAAAGUCCUUUUUUUUUUGCGAAAAACGUUUUGCUAGAUAAAUCCCUUAUGCCUUGGUUGGGAUUGUUUAGAGGCCUUUAAAGCUGCACAGAAACUGUAAACUGUUGAGGUCCAUUUAAUAUGGAGAAAAAUCCUGGAAUGUUUUCCUAAAAAAAACUUAAUUUCUUUGUGACUGAACUUGGUUGACAUUGGGGUUAGAAAUAAUUUUCGGAUUUUUUAUAAAAGUGGAAUUAAAUACUGUGUGCUAUUUAUGAAUCUCCAUUGAGCACUAAAGUAAUGACAUUUCAGUCAUUCACAAAAGGACCAACAGUUCCUCGCUCCUGGACUACAACUCAAUUUGUGUUGUUGAAAAAGAUUUGGGUUUCUUUGUAAUGCUGAUGUGAUCAUGUCUUUCAGUGUCAACUAUUAAGCAGAAUAAACCUGAACAAGAGCAUGCAGAAUCUUGAUCUCAUACAUUCAUAAAUCAAUGAAUCAUUUCAUGCAACAAACUCCUGGAGCAAAGCACCAAAUGCAAAGUAUUGUUUUGUGAGCCUGUCAAAAUAAAUAUUUAUAAUAUAUGAUAUCCACUUUAUUGUUAUAGCUCUGCAUUUUACUGUUAUUGUCUGAAAAACUAUAGGAAUUUUAGGAGAAAAAUUUUGUCUGUUACUUACGGGGAAAAAAAAAUUCUGUAAUUUAUUGUGCCCAUUAUUUUACUGUACUUUUCCGGCACUUCAGCUGCUGGAAUUUUACAUUUUUUUUAAGUGUAGGUAUAAUUGAAAACUCUAUUCAUUUACAAAGUAAUUCAG